AUGACAGACAAGACACUGAAUACUGCCCCGACUGACCAAGCUAUUGCUGCCGCACCGGCAGUACAGCUUGACGGAAAGAAUACAAUCAUACGCUCAACUAGCCCCGACUAUGAUGACCCUGAGAAGCCCAUACCGAGAGAGUCGACAACACCUGGAGUUGCAAAGGUCGAGCGAUUUAGCCAUGUGCUGUAUCAAUCCGGAAGGUCAGGCCGCCUGUUGCUCUAUGUCCUUGCCGCAUCGAUUGGCUUGACUAUGUUUGCAUAUGCACUUGACCAGGGAAUCACGUCCAACUUCACCAUCAUCGCCGCAUCCUCCUUCAACCAUCACGCUGAAAUCAGUACCGUCAGCACGGCUGCAGCCAUCAUUCGCGCAAUCUCAAAGCCUUUCCUUAGCAAGCUUUCUGAUAUCACGUCUCGCCCGACUUGUUAUGUCCUCGUCCUGGUCUUCUACAUCAUCGGAUUCGUUGUUGCUGCAACCUGCCAUGAUAUUGCUGCUUACACGGUUGGGAUAGCAUUCACGUCCUUCGGCAAAUCUGGUCUUGAUCUGCUCGGCGACAUCAUCGUAGCCGACCUUACGCCCCUCGAAUGGCGAGCCUUCUGGUCUGCACUCCUCAGUGCCCCGUUCCUCGUCACCACCUUCGUCAAUGGGUUUAUCGCCGAUGCCAUGAUCCCCGAUAAAUGGCGCUGGGGUCUGGGAAUGUUCGCCAUCAUGAUGCCGGUGCUCUUGAUCCCCGCCAUCCUGACUUUGUAUGGUGUUCAGCGUCGUGCCGACAAGCUUGGGGUGAUCAGCUUCGGUGAAGCCGGGAUGGCAAGGAGGCAGGGUCUUAAGGUCAAGGGAGCCAGACACUGGAUGGCGUUGGGAUGGCAGGGCAUCAUCGACAUCGAUCUCGCUGGCUUAUUCCUCCUAGGAAUAGGCUUCGCAUUGAUACUCCUCACAUUCAACCUCGUCAAGUCUGCCGACGGUGGCUGGAAUAAUCCGUCCAUGCUCGCCAUGAUCGUCUGCGGUUUCAUUAUCCUUGUGAUAUUCGCAGCAUACGAGUACUUCGUCGCCCCGAAGCCUGUCAUGACCAAAAACAUCUUUAACAACCGCGCCUUCAUGUGCGCUCUCGCUGCUGAUUCCAUCGGUAUGCUAGCCAGCUCGAUACGCGGACUGUACCUCUCGUCGUACAUCUACGUCAUCAAAGACUGGUCAAACUAUGCCUGGACCGUUUUCAUGGCAGCCACGACCCUCACGCUCUGCUUCCUCGGCCCAAUCAGUGGCCUCAUCCAUCGCACUACCCAUCGCUACAAGACCCUGAUGGUCGCUGGAUCUGUCCUGAAGUUUCUCGGAUACGCAAUCGUGAUGACAACUGACGUGCGAAGCACCCAAAACACCGUCGCGCUCGUUUUGUCUCAGAUCCUCGUCGGCUGCAACUCCUUCCAAGUCAUCGGCGCGCGUGUCGGUUCGCAGGCCUCUGUCCCUCACGAGGACCUGUCUUCUGUAAUUGCCAUCCUCUCCCUCUGGAGCACACUAGGCUCCUCGGUCGGAUACUCGAUUGCUGGAUCGAUCUGGACCACCCACAUGAUAUCGAAUAUGCGCGAUGAGUUACCCAACGUCCCCGAGAAGACGAUUCAAAGUCUUUACGGUAGCAUCAAGACUCUGCGUACCAAGUACCGCUUCGACGACCCUAUCCGUCAAGGCGCCAUCAGGGCAUACACUCGAACAAACGGUGUCCUGUUCGUCACAGCGCUUGUACUGAAUAUCAUUCCCAUUAUUGCGUCUCUCCUUAUGCCUAAUUACUACCUCGGAAAGCAACAAAAUGCAAUCACAAACACCGAUAUGGCUGGACAGCCAGUUGAGAUCAAGGAGAGAGAUGAUAAUAAGGAGUUGCAUGGCUUUUUUGCUAAGGCGAAGCGCCUCUACUACAAGGAGACUUGA